GGAUUCACAUCAGCAAACUGAAAGUGAGAAAUAUAAUGGAGAUUGAGGAAGUAGGCAGUCACGAAGCACUUCCCCUGCUGUCACUAAAUCACGUGUCUCUGCUAUGCAGAUCCGUGUGGGACUCCGUGAGGUUCUAUGAAGACGUCCUGGGCUUCGUUCUCAUCAAGCGUCCCUCUUCUUUCAAGUUCAAUGGCGCCUGGUUGUACAAUUAUGGUAUUGGGAUUCACCUGAUCGAGAACCCAGACAUCGGCGAUCAGUUCGAGGCGUGCAUGAACGAGCUGCGGCCCAUCAACCCCAAGGAUAACCAUAUCUCCUUCCAGUGUACGGACGUGGAGGUGGUGAAGAGGAGGCUGGAAGAACUGGGGAUGAGGUACGUGACGGCGGUGGUGGAGGGGGACGAAGACAGCAAGGUGGAUCAGGUGUUCUUCCACGACCCGGACGGGUACAUGAUCGAGCUCUGCAACUGCGAGAAUAUCCCCAUCCUUCCCAUCUCGUCCUGCUCCUUCAAGCCUCGUGCCCAGAGCUUUGGCUUCAAGAAGGCUCCCGCCAAGUGCGGAUUGUUCAUGGAGAAUGUCAUGAUGGAGAGCUUGAGCAUGCACUUGUUGAACUUUUCCUUUUAAUUCGUAACCUAUCAUUCCAAAUUCACAAGAUAUUUACUUGUUUGUUGAUUAAUUCUAGCAUGUCCCGGAGUGUAUUUGUGCAUGUGGUUUGUAAGUAAACUGCAGACCAAAACAAAGAAAAAUACGUAUUGUCUUUGCUCAGUUUGCAACAAAUUCUGAUAUAUACGUUUGAUGUUCUUGUGCUGUAA